ACUCGUAAAUCGUGUAUGAUGGUUGAAUUGAUGACAAAAGUUAGCAAAAUUGAUGUGUUUUUUUACAUCCUUUAAGUGACAUUUAACGAAGUGUUGCUAUCGUAAUCAACAUCUCGUGGCAAGUACGAGUUUUUAUAAAAUGUUGUUUUGAUUUGUUGCAGAUAUAUUUUUCUUUCAUCCGUUUAUAUGUGAUACACUUCAAUUACUUCCUUGUAUUAAGAAGUAUGAUAAUUUAUGAAUUUUACACAUUUUACUCCUGCGUAGGUUUAUUGAGUGCGAUGAUAUCCAGUCCGUAGGUACAGACAGUCAUUCAGACACACCAUCUUCACCUGUUUAGUUGACUUAUUACGGAAUUUUAAAUACUACUGGGAUAUGUAACAUUAUAUCGAUAUGAUUUUGUGUGCAUACACGAUAAACUAUGUCUUCUUUCGAUUUGGAAGAUCUUUUAAGUCUUGUGAAGAAUACCUCAAUGUUUGAGAAUGUGACGUUUGAUAUACCUAAAGCUUCAGUGCCACGAUACAUAGAUACACUACAACAGAUUUCACCCGAGAUUUUAUUAGUCGACAGGAUUAUCUCCCCUGUUUGGUAUAUCAUAGGCUUUAUUGGGAAUCCACUCUCGGCUGCUAUAUGGUUCGGAAAAGGUAACCGAAAAAAUUCGUCUGCUGUUUAUCAAGGAAUAUUAGCAAUCGUAAAUAUAUACUUCCUAAUUGUUCAUUUUAUAAUGGAGCUUAAUUAUGCCUGGGGCAUACAGUUAUACGCCAGUGAUGGUGCAUGUGAAACGUUCAGUGUUUUCCUUAUGAUACCGCAGUAUCUGUCACCGAUGUUGGUUUUAGCUUUUACAAUAGAACGAUAUAUUGCUGUAUGUCAUCCAUUUCAGAAGAAAAAAUUCUGUACUGUAAAAAGAGCUCUUAUGGUAUCAACUGGUAUGUUUAUCAUAGCAGCUGGAUUAUCGUCAGUCCAGGCCUAUCUUUGGGACUAUGAUGACAAAAUUAAACUGUGCGCCUUCCUUAGCUUCGGAGACCGAAACUUUGAGAAGAUAUGGACGCUUAUUACUGAGAUUUUACAUUUCUUAUUAAUACCUUUAUGUGUACUUAUUUUUAACAUACUUGUUAUUGUUGAAAUACGUAAAAUAGAUGCCCGGGAUACCACAAGACGUUAUUCUGGGCACAGUGGAAGUGCAACAACAACAUCAACAGUGACAUUGUUAUCAGUGUCGUUUUAUUUCAUAUGUACGUUACUUCCGGCCUCCAUUGUUUAUGCAAUGCAAUCUUUAUUACCUCAUGGUAAUCAAAUGUCAGUUGAAAAGAUGGUGUUGGAUCCGACAUGGAGGAAAUAUUUCCAGUAUUUAAUGAUUAGAAAAGUGGUAGAGGAGAUUUGUCUUUCAAAUCAAGCUUGUUAUUUUUUUAUUUAUUAUUUAACUGGGAGUUUAUUCAGGAAACGUGUUCAUAGUAUGUGCUGUAUAAGCCCAUGUUGCCGAAAAAAGUCAAAGGCUGAACUUUCAAAUGAAUACGCAUUUGCUAUGUAUUCACCUGUAGCUUCAAAAGAUCUCAAUGCCAAUAGUCAAGAGGAAACAAUGAUAUCGAUGUAAACAUUUGUAUUCUCAGAAGUUCAUCACAUUUCAUGUGCCAUAUUCCCUGCUUGAAGCAGAUCGUUCAUUUAUAAACUAUUCUCGUGGGAGUCGUAAUGCGAUAGGAAGAAAGUACGCGGUUUAUUGUCUCUCAGGACCUACUGGGAGGACACACAUGUUGUUUCUAAUUAUUUUCUUCGUCUGUUUAUUAACUGCGAAGUAUGUUGCUAUUUCCGAUAUUUGUCGGAUUAUACACGAGAAAAAAAGCAAUAAUUGUGUUCUUGCUGUGAAUGACAUAUAUCAACUAAAAAUAUAACUUCAGGCUAAAUGUAUUUCAGCGUUAAAUUUUACUACCCAGAAAAGAUAAAAUAAUACAUUUUCAUAG